GCCUUCCAUAUACUCUUCCGUAUUGUUUCUCCUCUCAGAUUUCCUCGAGUUCUCGAACCGCUUCGUAACCCCUGUCUCAACCUUCCCUCUAACCCUGAAUCGAGCAUGUCCGAUAUGGUAAACACCGUGCAAUCGAUGUUUGACAAGUUGGAGAACACGCUUGGGAACCGGCUUAAUCAGAUACUGCCUCCAAAGUCACGAGCCAAUAUGUCAUCAACAUUGAAGACUUUCGCCAUCCAAAACCCGAAACUUGCCACUUUUGCUGCAGCUCAGUUUGCGCUCUCCGGUCUACCUCUUCUCCUCUUCAUUACUUUCUGCACGACGUCACUCCUCAUCUCUGUUGUCGCUGCACUUCUGAUCGGACUUGUGGUCGCUUUGCUUGCUACCCUUCUUAUGGUCGGAAUUGCAUUGGUCGUGUUCUUACCCACCAUUUUCUUUACCACUUUUGUCGCUACGUUCCUGUUUCUUGUCGCUGUCUGUGGCUAUUAUGCCCUGAAAUGGAUAAAUGGAGGCCGGUCACCCACUACAGAAGGCACCUUGAUUGGCGAAAAAAUCAACCAUCUUAGUGGUGGUCGUGUCAAGUGGCUCAACGAUAGACUCCACGAGAAGCAGGAGAGCGCCGAAGGAAGAGCUGUGAAAAUUGAAUUGGUGCUGAAAGAAGAGAAGGGGGGCGCGAAUGAAAGCACCAAAGGUGCUGAGAGGAACAUUAAGGAUGAUUCCGACGAAAAGACUAAUCCUCGUGCUCGCAGAAGAUCUCUGAAGCCUGCAUCUCCGUCAAAAGAUUCGGUAAAAAAGCACACGGAGACAGUGACGAAUGGAACGAAUGGCACUCAAACGAUUCUGAACGGCACCGAGCACGUUAAAGGCGUCACCAGUGCGGAUACGGAAUCACACAGCUAG